AGGCAACUUGAACAUUAACUGAACAGGAUGGCUCCCUGUAUCAUCACUAUGGAAAGUGCUCAUAACAAUUGCGAGGAAAAGGGUCUCAGAAAGCUAAGGAAGCCAGUGAUUGAGAAGAUGAGGAGAGAUCGUAUUAACAGCAGCAUUGAGCAGCUCAGGAUAUUGCUGGAGAAAGAGUUUCAGAAACAGCAACUUCCAUCCAAACCAGAGAAGGCUGAUAUCCUGGAGAUGACAGUGAGCUUCCUGCAACAGCACCUGGCUGCUAAAUCAGCAACAUCACCCAGCCUGUCCUACAGAGAAGGUCACUCUAGAUGUCUCCAGGACUCUCUGCACUUCCUCUCCCUGCAGCCACAGUCAGAAGCUCAGGUGAACCUGCUGCAUCAUAUCCAGGGACCCCAAUGCACCCCAGAAGUUGCACAUCUACAAGUGCAGUCCCCUUAUGACUCUCACAUCAAUCAGACAUCUCUGAAGGACAUCACAGCUCUAUGGAGACCUUGGUAA